AUGGAAACCAUUCUUUCUUCUCCCUCACUCUCUCCUCUCUUCAACCCAAAACCUUCUUCUCCUAAGACGCUUUUGUCCCCCUCUCUCCAACCCAAUUCAAAGUCCCUCCUCCUCACAAAACCUAUCACCUCAAGCCUCAAAAAGCAAUCUGUUCCAUCACUCAAAAUAUCUUUGCCAAUACCCAAGGACUGGUUCUCUUAUGCCCAGCAAGGACUAGCAGCUCUUGCACUGUCUUUAGCACUAAACUUUUGCCCACUCUUGCCUAGUGGCAAUGCACUAGCAUCUGAGUUUGAUGUUCUUAAUGAGGGACCACCCAAAGAUUCCUAUGUUGUUGAUGAUGCAGGCGUGCUAAGCCGGGUGACUAAGUCGGAUAUAAAGAGGUUGAUGUCGGAAUUGGAAUAUAAGAAGAACUUCCACAUCAAUUUCAUCACUGUUAGAAAGCUCACUAGCAAAGCUGAUGCUUUUGAGUAUGCUGACCAAGUUUUGGAGCGCUGGUACCCUUCUGUUGAAGAGGGCAACAAUAAGGGCAUUGUGGUGCUUGUCACCAGUCAAAAAGAAGGAGCAAUCACUGGUGGCCCUGCAUUUGUCCAAGCUGUUGGAGAAACUAUCCUUGAUGCAACUGUAUCAGAGAACCUUCCUGUCUUGGCUACAGAAGAAAAGUACAAUGAAGCUAUUUUCAGCAGUGCCAAACGGCUAGUUGCUGCCAUUGAUGGGCUUCCAGACCCCGGCGGCCCCAAGCUUAAUGAAAACAAACGCGAAUCCAAUUUCAAAACCAAGGAGGAGACGGACGAAAAGCGUGGACAAUUCUCUCUUGUAGUUGGAGGAUUGCUGGUGAUUGCCUUUGUUGUUCCUAUGGCGCAAUACUAUGCUUAUGUCUCAAGGAAGUAA